AUGAAAAAUCAGGAAAAACACCCCUGUCAGCACCCAGGUUGCACUAAAAGCUUCACGCGCGCAGAGCACCUGCGUCGCCAUGCGCUCAACCACGAGCAGGCUCGAAAUGGGUAUACCUGCGAGCGUUGUUCUGUUCACUUUCAACGCUCAGAUUUGCUAGCACGACAUAUGGAGCGACACGAGAAACGAGAUCUUGAAGCUGGAGGCCCUGGGCAGGGAACGUUGAAGACGAGAAAAAGAACGCGGAGAGCUGAGGAUGGUUCUAUUAUUGUUCGUCCUUCGCAGCGACAGUUGAGAACUGCGGCUGCAACUCGAUCCCCUAUUUCAGCGAAUAGUUCCAGUCAGGAACCAGAAUUGCGAGAGGAGUACCUCCACGAUGGUGUCCCCCUGUCACCACCCGGCUCAGGCACUGACCCAACUUCAAUUUCUAUGGAUGAUACAGAUCCUUUCCUGGCUUCUUUAGUGCCAGCUGGGCCCUUUGAGCAAUAUGUUGAGCCGAUGCCUGGACAGUUCGAUGCAGCGGAUGGGUCUUUUGGUGUCGAGCUGGACGGGAUAGGGGAUUAUUUUGGAAUGGACACUGCAGCAACCGACUUCAACCUCCCAUUUGCAGCAACUUCUAACUACAAUUGGCUGUUCGAUGUUUCCUCGCUCGAUGAUGCUUUCCAUCAAUUCAACCUCCCGCUUGGAUUCGACACAGCGCCCAUUUUGGGACAAUUCGAUUCGAAUCCUGCAGAGGCGAUGGAAAAAUAUGAUGGUCCAUCGGCCUUGCUCAUAGCGUCAAUCAUGGACAGAAGCGAAGCAUUUGGAGAAACCAACUCCCCCGCAGUACCCAGUCUCCCAGACCUGGACUGGAUGUCUGGUGCGGCGACACUAGAUCCCAACCCUCGAACAAAUCUACCGAUAAUAUCCAAAGAAGUGCGAAAGGAGAUUCUAGCAAUAGUGGCACACGCACAUCCGACAAGUAUCGAUGGACACCCCAUGGUCCUUGACUCGCCACUUCUGACACUCCCUGCGCUUCAGUCAUACUGCGAUAUGUUCUUCGAUCGGUUCAACACGACCUACCCACUGAUCCACCAGCAUACAUUUGAUCCAAGCAAUGCACAACCAGUUUUCCUCGCAUCGAUCCUCUUUAUGGGUGCGACAUACGGCUCGCGUGAGGCCCAUCAAUUGGCCGUGGAGGUCCAUGAUGUCCUGCGAAGCCAGCUACUCUGCCACCCGGAUUUCUCGCCACAAGCUGACCUGUGGGUUCUGCAGACCAUGCUUUUGAUAGACUGUUUUGGUAAGAUGCGGGCUGGACCAAAGCAGCGCGAGCGCGCACAGCUGUUCCACUGCGUACUUAUUAAAAUGAUCAGGCGUAGCAACUGCUGUGGUAUACGCGACUUGUCGAAUUUGAAUCAGUCCGGGGAUUUGGAUCAACUCUGGCGACAGGCUAUGGAGGAAGAACAGCGUAAGAGGGUGGCCAUACAUUGCUUUAUGUGGGAUACGCAGCACGCAGUGCUAUUCUCCCAGUCGCUGUGUAUGUCUGCCUUCGAGAUCAGAUCUUCAUUACCGUGUGGUCCUGCAGUGUGGGAUGCAUCUUCUGCCCGAGAGUGGUCGCAACAUGCCUUCUGCGAAGAGAAUCGCCCCUUCCUUACUGUUCUGAAAGGAUACAUCACACCGGCGGCUGUUACGAGACCUCGAGAUCUGAAUGUCUUUGCCCGAAUAGUCGUGCUACACGGAUUAAUGUCUGUAUCUGCGGAUCUGAGACGUCGCGAUCAAACAACCCUGCGGUCAGAGACCCCAGAGCGUGUCGGAGCUUGGACACCGCGCAUGGGUCGGUCCUAUGAUCUGUGGAAAGUCGACUUCGAUGCCGAUUGUCUUGCCAUUAAACUCGCUCAAACUGCUAGUCCUCGGCAAUUCACAGGGCUCAAAAUCUCUGGUUAUGCCCUUUAUCAUGCAGCGUACUUGGCGUUGAAUGUCGAGGUUCUUGAUUUGCAGAUCGUUGCUGGUGCGUGCCAGAUCCUGGGUCGUAUAGUAACUGAGGCUGACCAGGCACGGUCGCUGCGGAAUAUUACGAGAUGGCUUCAGGAGGAAUCCGGACCAUCCUGUACGACUGCGCGACAAGCCGCAUCUUUACUCCAAGACGCCGUUUUGAGUCUUCAUGACUGGGACCAGGCUGAUUCCUUCCACUUCCCCUGGUGUUUGUAUCUCUGCACGUUGGCCUGUUGGGUUUUCCAUCGUGGGCCCAAUCUCGCCUCUGAUGAGAACAGGGUCAACACCGAUCUUUCCUCAUUGAUCGUAAUGCUAACCAAUUGUCCCAGUUUACCGGAGCUAGCGGUGUUAUCUGGAAAAUACUGCCCCCGCCCUCUCGCAGCGGCUAUGGCUAAACAACUAGCCACAGUACGAUGGGCCGUUGUUCACGAUGCUAUGAAAGUUUUGAUGAGAUUGUCAUGA